CACCCCUACAUCAGGAAGCCCAGCUUCACACGGCCCCUCCUGGAGAACACUGAAAUCCUGCCCCUUUGUGUACGCCGGGCCUGCCUGGGCAGCUGCUGUGUGUUCCACACAUGACCGUGGGUGAGGACACUGCCAGGACUCUGACGUUGUGACCUAUCCUAUCUGAAGAAGCCAUGAAACCAAAAGUGGUGUACAAACCGAUUUCCUCCCCAGUGGAGGCAGAAGAUCAUCUCAUAUACAUGGGCCGUUUACAGAACAAUGCUCGCAGGUACUAUCAGUGCGCAUUGGUCAUUGCCACUGCGGUCACCGUGCUGUUCUGUCUCAUGGCCGCCCAGCUUCUCUUGUUUCCACUGCUCUGUACAAGCUCGACUGAGAAGAUGGAGAACUUGGUCAAGCAGGACAACAGCUGUAAUGACUCUUGCAGUAUCGUUCUAGUAGAAAGCAUGCCCGAAGGGCUGGAAUAUGCUCCGAACUCUACCUUCAAUCCAUCCGUAUUUGACAGCUGGAUGAACCUUCUGAGCCAAGCUAAGAGCAGUGUUGAUAUUGCAUCUUUCUACUGGACUCUGACCAAUAAUGACACCCACACCCAGCACCCCACAGCUAACGAGGGGGAAUUAAUCCUGCAAGAAAUGCUAAAAUUAAAGCAGCGAGGGAUCAGCCUAAGAGUGGCGGUCAAUCCAUCAGGAUCCCCAGCGAAAGACGCAGAUGUUAAUGCACUGAGAGGCAGCGGAGCGGAGGUUCGGGUUGUAAACCUGCCAAGCUUGACUAACGGCGUGCUGCACACCAAAUUCUGGGUGGUGGAUGGAAAACACUUAUAUAUUGGUAGUGCCAACAUGGACUGGAGGUCAUUAACACAGGUUAAAGAAUUGGGCACCACCAUCUAUAACUGUACUUGUCUUGCUGAAGAUUUGGGAAAAAUCUUUGAGGCCUAUUGGGUACUUGGCGAAGCCAAUGCUACUAUUCCUUCUCCAUGGCCAGACAAAUUCUCCACCGUUUAUAACAAGGAAACUCCCAUGGAAGUGUCUCUAAACAACACGGCCUCCCUCGUGUAUCUGUCUAGCUCUCCUCCACCACUGUCUGCAAAGGGGAGAACAGACGAUAUAGACUCCAUCCUGAGCAUUAUAGAUGACGCCAAGAAGUUUGUGUAUAUCUCUGUCAUGGAUUAUACCCCCACUGAGGAGUUUUCUAAACCACGCAGGUACUGGCCAGCAAUUGACAAUCAUCUGAGAAAAGCCGUUUACGAGAGACAUGUGACUGUCCGGCUGCUGAUCAGCUGCUGGGCAAAUUCUAAUCCAAAUAUGUUUGCCUUCCUGAACUCCCUUGCUGCUCUGCGUAGUAAAAAGCCACACUAUGAAAUAGAAGUGAAAAUUUUCAUAGUUCCAGUAUCGCCGGAGCAGAAGCACAUCCCCUUUGCCCGUGUAAAUCACAACAAGUAUAUGGUGACUGACAGAGUAGCUUACAUAGGUACCUCCAACUGGGCUGGAGAUUAUUUCAUCCGUACAGCCGGAUCUGCAAUAGUGGUAAAUCAGACCAUUGCAGCGAAUGCCACAAACACCAUGCAGGAACAGCUGAAAGAUGUGUUUCUGAGAGACUGGAACUCCAAUUAUACCCAAGUACUGCACUCCCUGACAUCCUACAAGGAAAAGUGCAUCUUCUGAGGACUACACCCCAGGAGCUUCCAUACAGCAGAGACUUCUGACAUUGCAGAGAAUAAGCUCUGUCAAACCUUCCGAUCAAAAUGAAAGCCCAGGUAUUAUACUCACUGCGGAACACCGAUCACUCUGCCGUCCGUUACCAUCAGUGGGUUGUCGGCAGUAACCCCUGCAGCAGUUUUUGAAGAUUUUUUUUUUCUGUUACCACUGCAAGACCAGCACCCUCUCGUGUUUAGUAUGGGAGCAUUAUGGGUUCUCUUCCUUUCCCAGUCGUGUACUGUAGGGUGCUGAGCUUCUCUGCAAGAACAAAUAUACCUCCGACUUACUGGAGACAUCUGAACUUGAUGCAUUUGUGAGACUUUUUAUUGGGGUGGGGGAUCGAUUAAUUUGUUGAUAUUGGAAUAAAGUUAAUGUGGUGUUUGAAGUAUGA